GACUGCGGGUGGGGCCGUGCGCGGAGCGGGCUCGCCCGCCUCCUCCCUGCGGGCGGCUCGGCUUUUCCUUUCUGCUGCUCAUUCAUCCUCCUCGUCUGCAUGUCUGACCGCGGAGGGCCGCCUCGGGAAGGACAGAGGGCCCUCUCCUCUGCUCCCCGCCGCGUGGGGGGCCCCGCUCUCGGGGAAUGCGUUGUCUGCGCCCAGCCGCCGCGCUGCUCCGGCCUGGCUGCGGCCGUGCGUGGACGCCGCCGGACCGCUGAGCCUGGAGGGACAGUGAAGCGCCGGCCGGCGUCGGGGUCCGUGCUCGGGGUCGGCUGGGAGCCGGCGGACCCGAGCGCGAUGGAGGCGGCGCGAGGGGGCGCGGAUUAGCCGGCGGACCCCCGGACUAGCACCUCCCCCGGCGCCCUGGCGCUCCGCGGGAGCGGGGGCGCGGAGGGUGGGGCCCCCGGCCCUGCCAUGGAGGUGCCAAACGUCAAGGACUUCCAGUGGAAGCGCCUGGCACCACUGCCCAGCCGCCGGGUCUAUUGCUCCCUGCUGGAGACCGGGGGGCAGGUCUAUGCCAUCGGGGGAUGUGACGACAACGGUGUCCCCAUGGACUGCUUCGAGGUGUAUUCCCCCGAGGCCGACCAGUGGACUGCCCUGCCCCCCCUGCCCACAGCCCGGGCCGGGGUGGCCGUCACCGCCCUAGGCAAGCGGAUCAUGGUGAUCGGCGGUGUGGGCACCAGUCAGCUGCCCCUGAAGGUCGUGGAGAUGUACAGCAUCGAUGAGGGCAAGUGGAAGAAGAGGAGUGUGCUGCGUGAGGCUGCCAUGGGCAUUUCUGUCACGGCCAAAGAUUACCGAGUGUACGCAGCAGGCGGGAUGGGCCUGGACCUCCGCCCCCACAACCACCUCCAACACUAUGACAUGCUCAAGGACAUGUGGGUGUCACUAGCACCCAUGCCCACCCCAAGAUACGCUGCCACCUCUUUCCUCCGAGGCUCCAAGAUCUACGUGCUGGGGGGACGACAGUCCAAGUAUGCGGUCAAUGCCUUCGAGGUCUUUGACAUCGAGACUCGCUCCUGGACCAAGUUCCCCAGCAUUCCCUGUAAGCGGGCCUUCUCCAGCUUUGUGACCCUGGAUGACCGCUUGUACAGCCUGGGAGGACUGCGGCAGGGGCGGCUCUACCGGCAGCCCAAGUUCCUCCGGAGCAUGGACGUGUUUGACAUGGAACAGGGGGGAUGGCUAAAGAUGGAGCGCUCGUUCUUCCUCAAGAAGCGGCGGGCAGACUUUGUGGCCGGCUCCCUGAGUGGACGGGUCAUAGUGGCUGGAGGACUCGGGAACCAGCCCACUGUCCUGGAGACGGCAGAGGCAUUCCAUCCAGGCAAGAAUAAGUGGGAGGUCCUCCCCGCCAUGCCCACGCCCCGCUGCGCCUGCUCCAGCAUCGUCAUCAAGACCUGCCUCCUGGCCGUGGGGGGCGUCAAUCAGGGUCUAAGUGAUGCGGUGGAAGCUCUGUGUGUCUCUGACUCCUAAUCAACGGCGCCCAACGCCUUUGCCCUGGACCGGAUCACUCCACUCUUGACAAGAGGAAGAGUCUCAUCAAAGCAGUUUGGGCUACUUCCCAGGAUGCCAGGUCCUGUCAGCAGCCAGUGGGGUCAGGCCCUGGGGCUGUAAGUGACCUGUGGCCACCUCCAAACCCUACCGAUCUUGGAAAACUGUAAGAAGUCCUGAUUAGUCCACAGCCCCAGGUUGGAGCUCAGCUGACCUCUGGGGAGAGUCCUCACCUGCUGCUCAGGCAGUGCAGUGUGCAGGUGUACCUGCUACCUCCUGAUAGCCUCUCCACUCCCCGUCUCUAGAGGGGGAGGUGGGCAGGGCAGGCCUGACCCAGAGGAUGGCCGCUAUCACUGUCCUUUCCCCAGCUCUGAGCUAGUUUGAGGGUCUCAUGGGAUGGAAAUUGGAGAAGGGUUGCAAACCCCUCUCCUCUGCCUCAGUCUACAUCCUUUCCCCAUUUGGCGGUCAGCUGUGGGCCUGCCCUGGACCUCAUCUACUGAGCGGGAACUGGCCCUGGAGCCAGACGCAGCCGGAUUGGGAAGGAAGUCAGGUUCACGUGGACAGGCCUGGGUCAGCAGCCUUGGCCGGGAAGGACCCAUGCCUCUCAGGGUUCUUGAUGGGAAGGAGCAGGCUCCUCACUCUAUUUCUCCUUCUGCCACCCUCCCUACCAGAGGGCUGGCCCUUUGGUCACCCACAGCUCCAGAGUGUGUGUCUGAAGCCUGAUUUACACUGUGGCAUCAAAAUCCACAAAGGAUGGACUGAUUGCACUCGGGACAACAGCGGCAACUCAGUGAUUAAAAUCUACGUGCCUAUCUUCUCGGGCACCCUGGUGCAGGGGGUGGAUGGGUGUCUUGAUGGGUUGAGCGGACCCUAUGAAAGAGUCCCUCCGAUAUCCUCAGGCUAAGUGGGGUCCCAUGUGGCCACCUAUUCUUGGCUGUUCCCUCUGAGGAGGUUCCAUCUUCAAGCCACCAUCCCAGCACCAGUCACUCCUAGAUGACAGUGUCUCUUCCUUCUCUUAAGUGUUAACACUCCAUGCAUGUGUUAAGAAAAGGCUGUGCUCACUAGCUGACCUCUUUAUUAGGGUGCAAACCGCUCGUGUCUGGCCUCAAUUCAUUCGGCUUAAGCUCAUUUCCGUCUUGCCCGAAGUUGAACGGGGAUUUCUCACUGGUUCAAACACUGGAAAGGUGUGCCUCUUUUUCACUUAUAUAGGACUUCUUUCUGAUUCCUAGUUCUUUUUAAAAGCACUGCUACCAUCAGGGAUGCAAAGAUGAAAAAAAAAUACCUGCCCUGGAGGGAUUGUGGAGGAGACAGCCUUCCUGUGCACGGGGCACUGGUGUAAUUAGCUCUCAAGAGGCAGAAACAAAGGAGGGAGGCUGAUGGGGAUCUGGGAUCAAGAGAAGGCGACACCUUGCUGGACCUUCAUGGACAGGUGGCACCUGGGUCUUUAAGGGUUUUUUCCCCUUCUCUGGGCACCUGGACCCUCCCUGUCCUCAGGUCCUGGGGGAGGCUGCUCCUGCUGCAGGGCCCUGCCUGCCCACCCAUCCUGUGGCCACGGGCGCCCCCUGGUGAGCAGGCUGCAGAGAGGCCUCCCUGUUGCUUCAGGACGCCUGGGUUUCAGGUCAGCUGACUCAGGUAACUGUUCCGAAAAGGGGCUGGAGUUGCUGCAGAUCACGUGAGGGUCAGAGCAGCGUGAUAGGGAAGCUGUCCCGAAGUCCAGCCCUUGUCUGAUCGCCCCAUUCUGUUUCUCUGCCGCCCCCUCUCUCCCUCCCCAAGAAGAGUCCCUCCACCCUUUCCAAGAGGAAGCUAAGCCUGGGGUUCGGGGUGGGGCUUUCCAAGCACACAAAAAGGCACCAGAUCCAUGGAUGGAACUGAGGAGUUUUUAAAUAGUCAGAACCUUAGUGGUACAGCCAGCCCUAAAAGGUUGUCCCCGAUAAUGAGUAUGGGGGAUUUGCCACUGGAACCUGUGAGGGUCACUCAGGGCUGGGUCUGCUGGUAUCUGCUGAGGAUGCACCUCUUGGAGGUCCAUGCGGGAAAACUUUGGGAUACCUCACUGAGGAGUGAGGGAAGGAGGGGACAUCAGUGGUGAAGCACAUGGUCCGCACUUGCAAUGCCGUGGAGCCAGCUCCGAUCUGGGGUCGGGUUGGACGCGGGUCUGUCCUGGCUCUGGGCUGCAUUCCCUCCCCCCCUUGGGUUUUCUUAUCCCCAUCCCUCUAGGUUCCUCCCUUUCCUUGUCCUCAUUUCCCAGCCUGUGCAGCAAGAGCGGCUGUGACGGCAUCGCCCACGGCGGCGAAGCACCUGUCCCAACCCCAGGUGAACUCCAUGAGCUAGAUAGCAUCUCACUGGUGGGUAAGAAGACUCAGGGGUUGUAUAACUUGGGCAAGGUCACGAGCUCAUAAGUGACUGAACCGGAUCCGGUUUCAAAACCCGUGACCACAGGCAUUGCAUUGCGUCAAAGGAAACAGCGCGUAGGAAAGUCAGCUGCGCCGCCCUAGGUAAGUGGCUCAAAAUGUCAAACCUGGAAAGAUGGAGACUUGGUUUCCCAAAGAAUGAGUCUGCAGAUCAACAAGGAAAGAUUAGGAAGGGCUCCCUAAUGUGAAAGGAGCGUAUUCCUAAAUUUACACUGUGGGAGAGUUCCUCUCUAGCUCUUUGAUUCUGUCGGCUGCUGUCACUGCAUUUAACACCUAUUAAGCGUCUGGCACAUGCUAGGGCACAUGGGAUUCCUACCCUCCAGACUCGAUCUGCAGUUCCAUUUGAUGAGGUAAAUGCCAUCUGGAGGCACCCCACCCUUCGUGGGUACAGAGAGCAGAGUUGAACUGAGGAUGUCAGGGCAGGUUUCCAGAAAAUAAAUCUCAAACUGUCCUUUGAAAGAAGAGGGAGGCAAGCCAAGCAGAGAAUGAUCCUAGGCUUUGAAGCAGGAGAGAUGGGUUCAGAUCAUGAUGGUUCUGGGCUAAUUGGUCUUGGGUAAUGUUUCCUCAGUCUGUUUCCUUAAUUAAAUGGACAAAAUAAAGCCUCUCUAUGAGGUGAGCUACCUACUGUGUGUACCUACUACAUGUAAAAUGUAGCUACCUACUAUAUGUAAAAUGAUUCACAUGUAUUAGGUGAGUGGCUGCAUUAUUAUUUUUCAUUGUUGUUGAAGGAGACGUAGAAGUGUUUUCAAGCCCACUGGGAGAAAGGAUUUGGCUUUUUGGGGGGACAGCACUCACACAGCAGAGCUCCCAAGGAAAUGGGGCUGGAAGUAUAGGCUUGACAGAUCAAGACAGGCCUUAUGUGCCUUGCUAAGAGUCUGGACUUCAGCUGUGGGAAAUUGGGUGCAAAUGAAGGAUUUUAAGUGGAGGAACGUCAACAGUCAGAUUUGUACCAUUGGGGUAUGGGAUAUUCAAAUUUCCUCUUCUGAGGAAAAUGAAGUAA